AUACCUUAUGCCAAACCACCCGUCGGUGAACUCCGGUUCGCCAAACCUGAAGCCAUCAAAACACCACUUAAGGACAUCAUAGACGGCACUAAAACCACAUACGCCUGCAUUCAACCCAAUUUUCCCUACUUUAAGGACUAUAUCGGAAAUCUGUCCCAAAGUGAGGACUGUUUGGUACUAAACAUAUGGACACAAAAUGCCGGCAAUGAUAGCACCGGAGGGACAGUAGCCUUAAAACCGGUAAUGUUUUGGAUGCACGGCGGGGCACUUAGCAUAGGUUCUAGUUAUCAACGCACACCUUAUUAUAACUGGUUUAAUGGCACAGCACUGGCCUCACAUGAUGUGGUAGUUGUGACCAUAAACUACCGGUUGGGACCCUUUGGGUUCACUUAUGGCGGCGACAAUACAGCCCCGGGAAAUGCGGGCUUUUAUGACCAGUUAUUGGCACUUAAAUGGGUGAGAGAUAACAUACACUCAUUUGGUGGAGAAAGGGAUCAGAUCACUAUUUUUGGUCACAGCGCCGGCAGUUGGUCCGUAUCGGCCCACUUGUUGUCACCCCUAUCUCGGGGUCUCUUCCAGAGGGCUAUUAUGCAAAGCGGAGCCCUUUUGGGCGAUAAAAAGCGUAGUAUUGUUACCAAAGCCGAGGCCUUAACGGCCGCCAAACAAAUGGCCGCACAAUUGAACUGCACUUCAGAUGACAACCAAUGGUUACAGUGUUUGAGAAGUGUUGACACAAACCUUAUCAGAGAUGUGACGAAAGAGACCACUUUUACUAUAGAAGAAGGCACAGAGUUUUUACCUGAACUGGCUAUUAAUGCUUUCAAUGCACAUCAUUUUAAUCCAGACGUGGACUUAAUAGCCGGUGUGUCGCGUCGGGACGGUUCAAACCUGGCCGUGAGUACAAUACCUCAAUUGGCUGGUAAUUUAACCAAGGACAUAUUCAAAUUCCUUGUGCUGGGUGUGUCCGAGGCUUUUCACGAUAUAGACGGACAGGCAGUCGUAGACUACUACCUCAAGGGUGUGGACACCGGGAACUCCGACGCACUUAAAGCGGCAUUUUAUGACUUUUUUGGUGAUGUGUUGAUGAAAUGUCCGACAUAUCUAUUCGCCCGACAGUACGCCAAACACUCGGCCAACUCGAGGGUCUAUUUCUACGAACAGUCGUAUCAGAGCCGUAACGCACACCUAUGGGGUUGUGUUGGCCCGGCUAUGGGUGUCUGUCACGGAGCGGAAGAGGAGUUCGUGUUUGGCGUCCCUCUCGUCUAUCCCAACACUUUCACCGCAACUGAUGUCGGGUUCGCCCGAUAUGUGACCAAAAUGUGGACAGACUUUGCGAAAACAGGAUAA